AUGAACAAGCUUUCAUUCUGCUCUGACUUCCGUGCCCGUGAUGGUCUCACCGACAGCCUCUGGGGCCGGCUUGGAUCGUCCGAGCUCCAAUGGCUCGCGACCUACGGCAGCUUCUUCCCCUGGCACAUCGUCGCCGCGGGUUUCCGAACCCAGCGACCUUCGAACAACACGGCCGCAACUGCGGCCGGGAAAGACGACUAA